AUGGCGCCGUACCGACCGCCCCAUAUGCGGAACCAACCUCCGCUGCCGAAGCUGGUGUGUUCGAAUCGGGAUGAGGUCAUCCGUACCCAGCCGAGCCAGAGCGACACCAUUGCCACCUUGACAGCGAACCUGGCGGAGGAGUUCCACGUGCCAGAAGAGCUUAUCAGUCUCGCGAAAGAUGGCGCACCGCUUCAGGACACCAAAAAGGAGUUGAACACCCUAGGUGAGUGCACCAUACAUGUAACCGUCAAGCCAGCGAGUCACGAGCAGAUGGAGAACUACAUCCGCUCGAAGGGCUCUGAUCACUUCUUGGGUGCAGAGUUGAAGUUGACAACCAACGCAGGCGAAGAGCUUAAAGGAGAGCUUUACUGCAUACAGGAGCAAGAUAACUCUUGCAUUUUGCGAGAGAAGCUCCCCAACGGAUGCGCCAAUUUUUGGUGGCUGAAGUGGAACAUUAUCACUAGCAUUAGCAUUGAGAGCAUGCCGGACAAGAAAAGGUCUGAUUUCAGGCCUGCGGCCGGCGUUCCAGCCCUCGAGCGUCGGAGUUGA